AUGCCUGCCCAUCCGAUCUACAGAAGCCCGGCUUCCGCACUUCAAGAAGCACAAGCAGCAGAGUGCCCAAGCAGCUACUGUGCUGCCGAUGUUACGUCGACAACGACGGCGAAAUCUGACACCAAGGACAAACCCAAGACUGGCGCCAUCGCUGGCGGGGUGGUUGGUGGUGUCGUUGUAAUCGCCGUGUUGGCCUACUUGGUUUGGAGAUUUUGUGUUAAGCCCAAGAGACAGCAGUAUGCCACGAAGGAACAUGUCGAAGCGAAUGCCGACCAGGUCAACGGGGAUGGCUCAUUCAACACCCGCCGGGCCCAGAGAUCAUCAACACACACAGUGCACUCGAUCGCGUCUACUGUCCUCACUCGAGCGUCGAACAUCAUACAAAUCGCAUAUAUUCCUGGCGUCAUGAACCGGGCAUCGCCGUCGUCUCCUGCAGUUCUUGUUCCGCCAGUUCCACCAAUCCCCAUCGCCAUUUCGGGCGCAUCACAGACAAAUGGCCCUGCCGGACAUGAACAACAUUUCUUCGUGCCUGGCGACUUGCGCGAUUCUACGUACUCCGGCUUCUCCGGAUUUAGCGAUCGGACUUCGUUUGCUCGAACUUCAUAUGCGCCACGGUCUAGCAUUGCCUCAACGAUUUACGGAAAGAAUGCCGUUAUCGUUGCGCCACCACAGACCGGCAUGAGAGCGAAACCAACGGUGGUUAAUCUGAAGUCGCCGAACGGCUUGGCGCCACCCGUCCCGCAUGUUGAUUACGAGAAAUACAACAGCAGCAACAGUAGUCUACGGCCGAGCAGUGCCGCUAACAGCACAUUUAGUGUCGGCUCUACCUUUCUCAGCAACGCCAGCGCAGCGCAACCAGUCCGACCCGUUGUGGUUCGUGUGGGGACUACGCAGAAGAGGUCUCUGUUGAGCCAGAACACGUCGGCAUUCACGGACUCGAGCUCCGUCUCUGACAUUGAUAGUGUCCUGAUUUCCCCAGUCGGCGAGAAAGCGCCAUCUUCCGCCGCUGGCGUUAGUCGUGAGUCGACUGCCAUUACCCUCAUCGAGGACUCUCCGACGCCCGAUCAAGGUCCAUUCUCCGACCCGCCAGCACAUUCCGCUGAUCAAAGAGAAAGCGGGUUCAUCUCCAUAGCCGAGGAAUCCACGAUGCAAGCAUCUCCAAAGGAUGCACCGAGGUCAACGGAGCGCAGAGAAAGUCCUUUCAGUGACGAGCAUGCGACCCAUGACAGCUGA